AUGCCCUGCCGCAAAGCCAUCUCCUCCAUGUCGCUCGGCCGAGCCUGGGUCCACGAGCUGCCCAAUAAACUCGACCAGGCCGCCCUCCACGGCUUCCGGGGCCUGGAGCUCUUCCACGAAGAUCUCGAAUACCUGGCGGCCGCCAUGCCCGGCGGCGCCACGCCCGACAACCAGCUCCUUGCCGCCACGCAAAUCCACGAUCUUUGCUCCGCCCGCGGCAUCACCGUCCUCUGCCUGCAGCCCUUCAUGCACUACGAAGGGCUGCGCGACCGCAUCGAGCACGCGAUGCGGAUCGAGAAGAUGCGCCUCUGGCUCGCGCUCGCGAAGCGCCUGCACACGACCGUCGUCGCCAUCCCCUCCUCCUUCCUGCCGCGCGACCAGGUGUCUGGCGACAUGGACCUGAUCGUGAGCGACCUGCGCGAAGUCGCCGACAUGGGUGCCCGGGAAAACCCCCCCGUGACCUUCGCCUACGAGGCCCUGGCCUGGGGCACCCACGUCGACACCUGGGAGGAGAGCUGGGAGGUCGUCCAGCGCGUCGACCGCCCGAAUUUCGGCCUCUGUCUCGACAGCUUCAACAUCGCGGGGCGCAUAUACGCGGAUCCCGCGGCCGAAGGAGGCGUUGCGGCCGAUGCCGAGGCGGCGGUGAAGGAGUCGGUCGCGAGGCUGUUGCGGGAUGUUGACCCGAAGAAGGUCGUGUAUGUGCAGGUUGUGGAUGCGGAGAGGCUCGACAAGCCGCUGCUAGCGGGGCAUGAUUUUUACAAUGCGGAGCAGCCGGCGAGGAUGAGCUGGAGCCGCAACUGUCGGUUGUUUUAUCGCGAGGAGGCACAUGGGGCGUAUUUGCCGGUGCGGGAUAUUUGCGAUGCCAUCUUCAACGGGUUGGGGAUUGAGGGCUGGGUCAGCAUGGAGCUGUUUAACCGUUGCAUGGCUGAUGAGCACCCGGAGACGCCGGCGAGGCUGGCCAAGCGGGCGGCCGAAUCCUGGACAAGAUUGGUGGAGGACUUGAAUUUGGUGGACGGUGACCUGCCUCAGUCGUCGCAAGAUGUUGAGCCAGAACAGGAACGGGCCAAUUUGUAG